CAAUCAUUUAUUGACAUACCGGUAAUCAUGAGAGUAAGUACCGGUGACUCCAACUCGUCCAUGCAAAUUUUUCUACAGAAAUUAAUUGCUUUUCAGACAGCACGCCAUCACCCACAUCUGAAGGUCCUGUUUGCCAUAGGUGGCUGGGAAAAUUCACAAUAUUUCUCGCUACUCACUGCGGAUCAUCCUCGAAGGACGAUUUUGAUCAACAAAAUUGUCGACGUCGUUCUAAAAUAUGGAUUCGAUGGAGUCGAUUUGGAUUGGGAAUAUCCUGUGACAGGAGGAUCUGUUGAAGGCACUCCGGCCGAUCGGAGGAACUAUGUGCACCUGAUGAGGGAACUACGAAACAGAUUCAGAGAACUCGAGGAACAGAACAACAAACGGACAGGAUAUCUGAUCUCAUUUGCGGGAGCUGCCGGUCAUUGGGUGCUAAAACCUGGCUACGACCUCGUUCAGCUGGUUAAAUAUGCUGAUUUCGUGAACGUAAUGUCAUACGACUAUUUCGGUGCAUGGCAAUCGAAAUGGGGUGCAUUCACCGGUCCACCAGCACCACUUCAUUUCGCUACACCACCAAAAUUCUCUGGCCGAAUGAAUGUGCAUGCUACCAUGAAGUACUACAGUUGCCAAAUCAAAGCCACUAACAAGGUAUGUACUUUUUCUGAAAAAAAAAAUCUGAACAGCCGUAAAUCAGGUACUGCUUUGUCUGCACAUCUCUUCCUUCUCGGCCUAGUUAGAAGAAGUUUGAAUCAGCUCCCC